AUGGCUUCAGCACCUGGUGACAGCACCAACGUGACACCAAUGGCUACCACAUCAGUCUUGAGACUGCACGUUCCCCCUGACGAUGAAUCAGGCGACCCUACCGAAAUGCAUAUUUCGGCUGACCCUUUCAACGACGAUACACACUGGGUCAUCUCGCCGAUCAGUAAGCAGCUCGGCUUACCAGUGAAGGUCGCGAUCUACUCGUCAGAGGACGCUCAACAAGAAAACGAGACGGCAAGGCUUCUCUUCCUCGACGCCGAGAUUGGUAGUCCCAGCUUUGCACUAUCAACUUGUGAUCCAUGCAUGGGCCCCGUGAUUGUCCUUCGUUGCGAUGGUCAAGAUAUAGACGCCACCACACGGUUGACCUUGACGGGAAAGACUCAAGAAUACAUACACGACGUCCGUGACCGCUUUGACGACUUGAAGUCCGGUGAACAGACGAUCGAGGAAUUUUAUGCACAUGCGCGAGCUCGGUUCACUCGCGAGUCCGCAGCGAAGCUAUAUCGCGAUCUCAUGGACGGCAUAGCUGGGUACUUGAAUCCAUUCAAAGCCAUUACAGCCGGCGGAAUCAGAUUCUGUGCUGGUUGCGGUGCUAUCAAAGCGACAUCUGGGAGGGCAUUGCUUGUCUGCGGUCGUUGUGGGGUAGGACGGUACUGUAGUCGAGAGUGUCAGAAGCAGGAAUGGCAAGUGCAUAAGAGUGGAUGCAAGAAGCCUAUAUAA